ACACCACACACAACGUCUGCCACUUGCUCAACUCUAGGCCUGUGUGUUCUUUUGAGCACUGUGAUAUAUAGAAUAAUGGCUGAUCUUGUUCUUCAAUAUCCAUGCUCUCUAAUUACUCUUAUAGCUCUCUUUUCUCUUUUGCUGAGCCCAAGUUCUUGCUUCAACCCCAAGCUUCUUAAUGUCUCGAAGCUUCAAUCUGAUUCUAAUUGGUCACCCGCUGGUGCAACCUGGUAUGGAAGCCCAACAGGUGCCGGGAGUGAUGGGGGUGCGUGUGGAUAUGGGAAUACAGUAGAGCAAGCCCCAUUCUCUUCAAUGAUAUCGGCCGGAGGCCCUUCUUUAUUCGAGUCAGGCAAAGGAUGUGGAGCUUGUUAUCAGGUUAAGUGCAAUACGAAUGCAGCAUGCUCGGGAAAUCCAGUGACUGUAGUUAUCACGGAUGAGUGUCCAGGGUGUACAUCAGAAUCUGUUCAUUUUGAUCUGAGUGGCACCGCUUUUGGUGCCAUGGCAACUUCUGGUCAGGCUGGUCAACUAAGAAAUGCUGGAGUCUUGCAGAUUCAGUACAGAAGGGUCGAGUGCAACUAUCGCGGAAAGUCAUUAGCCUUUCACGUAGACUCUGGCUCCAACCCCAACUAUUUUGCUUCCCUAAUAGAAUAUGAACAGGGAGAUGGGGACCUUGGUGCAGUUCACCUAAAACAGGCCCUUGAUUCGGAUACAUGGCUUCCCAUGCAGCAGUCAUGGGGUGCAGUUUGGAAACUAGAUUCGGGCUCAACAUUACAGGCUCCUUUCUCCAUCCGCCUCACCUCGCUCGAGUCUGGCAAUACUGUUGUAGCCAACAAUGUGAUUCCGGCUGGCUGGCAACCCGGUCAAACUUAUCGAUCUGUUGUCAACUUUCAAACCUAG